GCAAAUCAUGGCAAAGACGGGCUCGCUCGGCCCCAAGGGCAUCUCGCGCGAGCAUGCCAAGAUCUUCUUCGACUUUGACGCCGGCCACUUCUGCAUCCACGUCCUGGGCAACAACGGCCUGCACCACGAGGGCGAGUUUUACCCAAAGGGCGAGACGGUCCCGCUCGACCAUGGCGACCACCUGCUCAUCGGCGCCGUCAACAUCCACUUCUACCUCCCCGAUGUUGCGCUUACCGAGCAGCAGCGCCAUCGCCAAGAGUCGGGCUCGCGGCCCAUGAGCUUCUCGUUUGAGAAUGGCAACGGCCAGCUGGAAAGCAACGAGCACGUCAGUUCGGAGAGCGAGGACCAGCAGAGCGUCAACCCGCGCCACGUCUACUACCACCACCCGGUGAGCGACAGCGACGACGACGAUGCAUUGGCCGACGAAGACAUGGACGACUACGAGGAGCCCGUUCCAAAGCCUCGGCAGAAGACGAGUCUGAAACUCAAGAUCAAAAACAUUCCUCCAGCGUCCACAUGCAAAGACGGCAAAAAGGCGCACAAGCGGAAACAGCAGGCCCGCGAACUCACCCCUGAAGAGCCACCACCGAAGAAGGUCAAGAUCAAGGUCAAAGAUUCGGGCAAGAGCAAAGAGCCCGCCCGUGAAUCUGCCAAAGAACCAAAAGCGCAGAAAGAGCGCAAAGAAGCAAAAGAGCAAAAAGAACAUAGAGAAAAAGAAACGGCCCCGUCCAAGGAGUCCAAGGAACCCAAGGAACCCAAGGAGCCAAAGGAACCCAAAGAAAAGGGCAAAGCGCCAGCUAAGACUCCGGCAAAGACGACCACUGUCAAGGAUGAGACGCCGGCCGAAGAGUCUGUAAAGGACAUUCCCGUGGCUGCCAAGCCGGAGCAGCCAAGCAAGCCUCCACCAAACGAUAGCCCGCCUCUGUUGCGCAAACCCCACGAAGGUGAACUCGAAGCCGGCGACAUCGAUGGACUGAUUACCGAAGAAAUGGCCAUACAGCACAAUUUGCCCCGCAAUCUCAUUGGCCACGUUGUCGAGAAGCGCAAGGGUCCUGGACGGCCGCCCAAAGAUGGUAUCAUGUCGAAACGCCAGCGAUCUCAGCUCAUCAAGCAGGCCAAGGAUAUCGAGAGGGCAAGGGCUGCUGGUAUUGAUCCGGCUGACAUCCCUAUACCGACCAUCAAGCCAAAGGCGCCGAAGCGCAAAGAAUCAAACGCAGGCGAUGGAGACGACGACGCUGUCAUGGAAUCAACCGAACAGGGCGACGGAACCCUGUCUGGCCUCCAGAAACAAGCCAAGCCCAUCAGACCACCCCGGACUCCUUCACCUGAGAUGCGUAUCGAAGACUACACCGAAGAGCAGCUGCAGCGUCCCACGGCAAACUACGUUGUCCUCAUUCAUGAGGCCAUCUCGUCUUCGCCAACUGGUCAGAUGAACCUACAGUCCAUCUAUACCUACAUUGAGCGCAAGUAUCCUUGGUACAAGUUCAAAACGACUACCAGCGGCUGGCAGUCGAGUGUGCGUCACAAUCUUGGCCAGCAUGAUGCUUUCAUGAAGGGCGACAAGGAGGGCAAGGGAUACCUUUGGCGCAUCAAUCCCGAGGUGUCAAUCGAGAAGGAACGCAGGAAGAGGCAAGCCAGCCCUCCGCUCAACCACACUCCGCGACCGCAGUAUUACCAGCCUCCGAACGGAUACCCACCCUAUCCCCAGCCUGGCUAUCCGUAUCAUCCAGGCAUGGCUCAUGCGAUGCCGCAGGCUCCUCCGAGGUUACCGCCAAGCCUUGCGCAGCCUCGUCUCCCCCCUAGUAUGGCUCGUGGCGAAGGCAAUGCUGCUGCUCCCAAUGGGCCGCAAAAUGCACCUCAUCCAACGCCUUACACGUCUCCUUGGGCCGGUGGCAACACGGGCGGCAGUCCGCAAGCCCCCAACCCUCCACGACCGUACCCGCAGCCCAAUUCGCAGGCACCACCUGCCAGCUCUACAACUGGAUCAAGCGGGCAGUAUGGUGUACUGUUUCCCACGGCUGCCCCACAGCAAUCACCAUACAGUGGACCUUCGGCACCGAGUCCUUACGGCGGACCAUAUGCUGCUGCUGCUGCCAGCCCAUAUGGGCCAGCACCGCCUCGUCCAUACCCAACAUACCCUGCAGCUGGUCAUCAAUCGAAUGCACCCCCUGCAUCACCCGCGCAGCGUAAUGCCUCACCAUAUGGCCCGCCGCCGACGCAAGCUACUGCGCACCAUGGUUCGUCAAAUGAAGGCUCUACACCACAUCCUUCCGGACGGUACCCAAUCGGCGUACACCCAGAUCUCAUUCGUCAGCUCGAGGCGUAUCGUCUCGUGUACUUGGAAAAGAGACCAGGCCCCGAUGAGCAGAAGAAGGUCGACAAUGCUAUCCGAGCCUGCGUGGACCGGACUGUGCCUGAGGCGAGCUUGACGGAACCUGAGAGGAAGUUACUGGAAUCAAUAUGCGGUGUAGAGAGCAUCAACAAGCAUGUGAAGAGAACGCCCACAGUCAAGCCGGAGAACACGCCGGUCACUGUGCCAGCCACUGCAGCGGGUACUGCCGCAGCCAUUGCCGCAGAUGCCGCGGCGAAUACCUUGGCUCAGCAACCACCGCAAACGGGCGAGCAGGGUCCAUGUGGAACUAAGACGACGUCGCCAGCACCUCGACGCGAAAACAGCGAGCCGCAGAAAUUCACACCCAACAUGACGGGCGGGCCGCCAGCAUCACCAGUUACAGCGCCGCCAUCAACGGCAGCGCAGGUACCUGCAUCUGCUGCGACCCCUUCGCAUCGCCCAAGCGUUGAGCCCAUCACUCCUGUCCCUGGAUCUCCUGCCGUCCAGAGCAGUGGCACUCCGCUGCGACGCCCACCAACCGAAUUGAACGCAGACAGUCCUUCUCACGCAGACGAGUCGGUCAAAGCCGAGCCGAGCGAAGAGGCACCCAAAACAGAGUAGAAGAAUAGACUCUUUUCGGUUACUUUUGGGAAAGGAAGCAAAGGGAAGGGGAAGGAAACGGAUUAAAAGAAAAAUGCAUCAUAUGUUAGCAGCUCUGCAUCUCUGUUACGCAUCAGCAUCUUUUUUCUUUUCUUUUUCUUGGUUUUUGAUUUGGUCUCGGUGAUUUGGAAAUCGUUUGUUUCCCCCCCCCUCCCCCCCUUUCCCUUCCCUUCCCUUUCCUCCUAGCGGUCAGGAAACACAAAAAUCAUCCCAACAAACAAAACAAAGGCCUAAAAUGAACGUGUCAUAUGAAAAAAAACUUACAUUAU